AUGGAUACAGGUUCCACGAUUGUGGUCACACUGCGCCACAUAUGCGAGAACCUCGGAAUGCUGAUACCUCGACCACCUCGUUCCUUCCGCUUCCUAGAUCUGCCCGCCGAGAUACGACUUCUCAUAUACCAGGAGCUGUUUGGUGGAAUAAGGGCGCACAUAGUGUGCAAUUGGGAGGAGCAUAUCAUUGACAAGGCGGCCCAGAACAUGAUGUGUGACGUCUAUGAGACACCGAGGAACAAGGUUCAUGGCCAGAUGCUUCACCUCGGCCGCAACGAUGCUAGCUGUUGCUUCCACUCGGCUGUUCUACGCACAUGUAGGACCGUGUACGACAAGACGCUUCCUGUGCUCUACGCAAAUCCCAUCUUCGACUCGUCCAUAGGCCUAGGGCCUGAGAGGUUCAUCGUUGCCUUUUCUCAGAACAUCAGCGCUGGCCACCUCAACGUUCCUCCGGUCGAGGUUACCGGCUACGCCAUGGAGCGCAACAUCUUCCGCAGCUACCAUCCUAAGACCUUUAACCCCCACAAUGGCUCCACAUGGGAUAUCAGCAAACCCUUCACGGUGAUCCGCGAGGCGGAAGAGCGCAUGAUCAAGCAAGCCGACAGCAAUUAG